GCUUCUGCUCUCGCGUUUGUUGCUUAGUAUCAACAUGGCGGCCUCCAGAGCAGCUGCCGUGGGAGCGAAACAGGAGUCUGUUUCUGUGGAAAAUGACGAGACAACAAGUGAAGUGACCGAAGUUUUUCCGGGUUUCAAGGAUGCCGAUUCCUUUGUGAAGUAUGGUUUGGGGACAGUUGUGGCAGCUACGAAGGCUUCUGCUAAUCUACCCCAGGCCGGAGAUGAGCAUGAUUUCUACCGGAGCUUUCCUGGGUUUCAGGGAUUUUGCGAGACUCAAGGGGAAAGACUGCUGCAGUGUAUGAGCAGGAUAAUGCAGUACCAUGGCUGCAGAAGUCACAUGAGAGACAGAAACCAGGUGACUGGACUGGAAGACAGGUUUGAUUUGCUGGUGGAUUCAAAUGAUGUCAUCUUAGAGAAAGUGGGUAUACUGUUAGACGAGGCCUCCGGGGUGAACAGAAAGCAGCCUAUCCUACCAGCUGGUGUUCAGCCUCCGAAAACCAUUGUGUCCAGCUGGAACCGCAAGGGCGGGGCAUUAGGCAAAAGAAACAAGUGUGAAACAUUUCGUCUUCUGCACGCAAAGAACAUCCAGAGACCUCAGAUGAAGUUCAGGGAGAGGGUUGACAAUGCUAACACACCUUUUGUACCCAAGAUCUUUGCUAAACCGAAUGCAUUAAAACCACUGCCGGUUGUUCUUGCAAACAGAAAAUUGCAAAAUGCAAGACCUGAAGACCUGGAUGUCCCCCCAGCACUGGCUGAUUUCAUCCAUCAACAGAGGUACCAACAACAAGAGGAAGACAUGUUUUCACACCCAUAUAAGUAUGAACUGGACCAGUUUACCCCAGAUGAGAAAUUGCUUUCCAAACCCGAACCCCAAAUGUACAAACCUUUGCAAGAGACUGAUUGCCACUUUGUAACCACUUUGGAGGAGCUAGUUGAAUUAAAUGAAAAACUCGCUCACUGUUCUGAGUUUGCAGUGGAUUUGGAGCACCACUCGUAUAGGAGUUUUCUUGGAUUAACCUGCCUGAUGCAGAUUUCUACAAGAGAUGAAGAUUUCAUUAUAGACACCUUGGAACUACGCAGCGAGAUGUACAUUCUCAAUGAGACCUUUACUGACCCUUCCAUUGUUAAGGUGUUCCAUGGUGCAGAUUCGGACAUUGAGUGGCUACAGAGAGAUUUUGGACUGUACGUAGUCAACUUGUUCGAUACACACCAAGCUUCACGCCUUCUCAACCUGGGGAGAAAUUCGCUUGAACACUUGAUGAAACUGUUCUGCAAUGUAGAGGCUGACAAGCAGUACCAGCUGGCUGACUGGAGGAUAAGACCAUUGCCAGAGGAGAUGUUAAAUUAUGCUCGGGAUGACACUCAUUACCUGCUGUACAUUUAUGACAAAAUGAGAGCCGAGUUGUAUGAGAAAGGAAAUGCCCAGCCUGCUCUGCUGCAGAUGGCCUGGCAAAAGAGCAAAGACGUUAGCUUGAAGAAAUACAUCAAGCCCAUAUUUACGGAGGACUCCUACCAGGACCUGUACAGGAAACAGAAGAAGCCUCUGGACACACAGCAGCUGACGGCGUUCCGGCUGCUCUACGCUUGGAGAGACCAGAUAUCCCGACAGGAGGAUGAAAGCACAGGCUAUGUCCUGCCCAACCACAUGUUGAUAAAGAUUUCAGAAGAGUUGCCAAAGGAGCCACAAGGCAUCAUUGCCUGUUGUAAUCCAGUCCCGCCGCUGGUUCGACAGCAGGUCAAUGAGCUUCACCUCCUUAUGCAGCAGGCGAGAGAGAUGCCUCUUCUCAAGACGGAAGUUCAGACUACUGAAAAGAAGACGGCUACAACUCUCAAAAGAAAGUCGGAGAACCCUUUGUUUGGACCUCAUGACAGUUCUCACAUUUCUGAAAGUGAAAUUCCAAAUUCUCAUUCCGCUGCACCCUUGCUGAAGCGAGGCAAACUGUUCUCCGAGGACGAGGAGAUGGAAGAAGGAAAGGAGGUUCAAGACUGCAGCCCCCUCAUUGCCAGAGCGACCAUCACUAUCUUUGAUUUUGAAUCCGAUGUGAAGGAGGAGAACCACCUGACAGUAGCUCAGCAGAAAUCUCACUGUAUAAUGCAGUCUUUUGAAAACCCUUUCAGAAUGUAUUUACCUUCAAAGGAAACUAAUAUUCACAUCUCGCGCAAUGCCAAGUACGAUCCUUCCUCAAAAGUGUAUGAGAUCAGUAAUAGAUGGAAGCUCUUAAGCCAGGAGCUGCAGCAAAAGGAAGCCAAAGAAAAAGCAGCAGCCAAGGCGGCCGCAAAAGAAGCAGCACAGAAAGCAGCUGAUGAGCGGAAGAAGGCACAGGAAGAAUACAAGACCGCGGCACAAAGCAUAGUGACUGUCAGGCAACAAGCUGCAGUUGCAGCUGCAGAGCAGAAAGGGAACAAGAAGAAGAAGGAGAGGAGUGCGAGUGAACCCGGAGCUGGGGCUCCAAAACAAGAGAAGAAACGGCCGAAAGACACAGAGCAGCCAGCAGAGCACGCGCCAGCCACAGACUUCCAGCCAUUCGACUACAGCAAGUCUGACUUUAAAGUCUUUGCUGGAAGAAAAUCGAAGGAGUCUUCGCAGUUUGAUCCAGCUAAGCAAGCUCAGGACCCCAAGCAAUCCAAGAAAAACUCUAAAGCACACAGAAAUAACUCCACUCCAGGAAACAAAAGCAUGUCUUAUUUGGCUGGCAAGUCAGACAGGGGUUUUAAACAUAACUGGCCAAAGAGAUGAGACACAAGAAAACUAUGAAUGGACUUCAAACAACGAAUGGACUUGCAAAUGACUGUUAACAAACAUAAACCCAAACUUUGUUCAGUAAUCGAAUUUACAGAACAUUUCCUGGUUUAUUUAAGUUUAAAGUCACUGAAUUAUUAAAAACUAGUACGUGAAAAGUAAUGCCAGGAUCAAGUCGUGUUAUGAAGCUUAUUGUGUUAUACCUUUGUGUCAGAUUUUUAUGCAAAAUAAAACGGACACACUAUUUGUGAUAGUGUUUUGUGUGUGUGUGUGUGCGUGAUAUGGUAAGAAGUAUGUAGUUUCUGCCUGUAAGUUGUUACCAGUAUUAAUAAAAUACUUCUUCAUA